AAACCGGAUAUGAUUGUCUUCCUCCCACGCCGCGGCGAGUUUGUGUGACGUAAACGCCCGGCCAGUCUUGCCAAGUCCUUCCACAUUCUGACGUUUUGUUUCUUUGUUUUUGUUUUGUUUUUUUUCCCCCCUAAAUUAUGAAGAAAAUGGAGUCUUCUAGAAGUGACAGUGACUGGCAGGGGCUGGUGAGCGAGUUCCUGGCGUGUAAGCGCAAGCUGGAGAGCAAAAAAGAGGCCCUCCUCAUUCUGUCCAAGGAGCUGGACGCGUGCCAGCAGGAGCGAGACCAGUACAAGCUGAUGGCCAACCAGCUACGAGAGCGCCACCAGGGGCUCAAGAACAAGUACAGGGAACUCAUUGACGGUGACCCAUCUUUACCGCCGGAGAAACGCAAUCAGGUGAACCUCGCCCAGCUUCUGCGAGACUCCAAGGAGCGUGCAAGGCAGCUCGGCGACGAGGUCAAGGAGCUGAACCAGCGGCUACUGGAGGCUCAGGGCGACAACAAGCUCCUGCGGAUGACGAUCACCCGACAGCGGCUGGGGGACGACGAGGUCGGCGCACGCCAUUUCCCCGCUCACGAACGCGAAGAUCUGGUUCGGCGACUGGAGACGGCCGGGCGUCAGAUGGAAGAAACGGAGCACAACGCCAAGGCCCUGGCGGACGAGCUGCACGACGUGAAGGCGGAGCGCGGCGUGUACCGCGACAAGGCCGAGCGACUCAACGUGGAGCUCAAUCGCGUCCUGGGCAACCGGGACUCGCGCAUCGUGGACGUGGACGCGCUCUGCACGGAAAACCGGUAUUUGCACGAGCGCUUCAAGCAGCUGCAGGAGGAGGUGAACCUGCUGAAAUCCAACAUCAUGAAGUACAAGAAUGCGCUGGAAAGGAGGAAAAACUCGAGUGGUUACCAGAAGGGACACCCCACUCCAAUCAAGGGGGUCCUCUCCGCCGAGCGAGUGGAGGGGAUGCUUCUGGAAGAGCACGGCGGCAGCCUCCCGGCCACGCCCCGGUCCGUUUCCGACCUCAAGUCGCUGGCCACGGCGCUGCUGGAGACGGUCCACGAGAAGAAUCUCGUCAUCCAGCACCAGCGCCACACCAACAGAAUCCUCGGGAACCGAGUUGCCGACUUGGAGAGGAAACUGAAGACGUUGGAGGUUGCCGGUUUUUGGAGUCUUCCAGGAACUCAGGACGAGCGGAAACCCGACGAGAGCCUCCCGCCGGGACUCCACCCGACGCGGGCGGCGUCUCGGCAGCCCCGCCUCCCCGCAGCGUUGUCACAAGACCCAAGUUUCCAUGAAUCUUUGCGGCAGUGCCACACGGCCAGUCGCGACCUUGGCACAGAUGGCGCGCCGCAGACGAAAGGGAUCGAGGGCAGAGGAGGAGACCCGGCGACCUCGCCGGAAGAACACGGACGGAGUCCCGCGGAGGAGGCGGGGCGGGAGGUCGAGGAGGAAGACCCGGCGGCGACCGUGGAGGAGGGGGAGGAGGCGGCGGUGGCGCUGGACGCCUCGCCCGGCCGCUCGCGACUUUCUCGGCAGGACCGCUACUCCCGGGAUGCACCGGGACAUCGCUUUGAAUCGGACUUGCCGAGCGCGUGCCACGGGGACAUCCGAUCGUGCCAUCACGUGGCGUGAUGUCGCACAAAGGUCCUGAGGGAACACAAAAGUUCAGAUCCUCUGCGAUUACCUGUGAAGUGAUCGCCCCGCGUAACUCCCGCUAACAACCCGGGCCAAACCUCGCUCCUCCCCCACAUCCAAAGUGGUUGAGCGCACACGUCACUUUGUCGUGACGCUUUUCGAUUAUCCAGGGCUUUGGCGCCAUCUUGUGGGAUCUCAGAGCUCACUUUUUGAACAGAGAGCAAAUGUCCACACACCCCCGGCGAGUUUGUCGAGGGUCGCUAAUGUAUUAUUUUCAGUUUGUGUGUAUUCACGAGUAAUUUCAGUGUGCCUUAAUGUCGAAUUUCACCAAGACGCAACGUAGCUAAAUCCCACCUGGUCCGUACCCCGAGCCGGCAGCGAGCCCCCCCCGUCCCUUCCGGUCCCCGCACGCAGGUGACAGCUGGCCUCUCCACGCAAAAAAACACCCAAACAACCGGCAAAAUCCACGAAGCGCUUACGCGGCGCAUCUCGCUAUUUUGAAAACGGAGCGGCGGUGUGAACCCGGCACCAGCCAGCUGAUUUGGCACGCCGCUAAGAGUCUCUUUCCUUCCCCCCGAGGAGCGCAAGUUCCUCAACCAGAUGGAGGGGGAACUAAUGAAGUCGUAAGACUUAUGUCAGCGCGCUUUUGGAUUCCUCAUCAGGAAGUUUUGCAUGCCUUGAAGACAGAGGAGAAGAUUUGCAAAAAAAAAAAAAAAAAAAACAUUUUGGCAGGAUCCUGUAAGGAGCUCCUUCACCAUUUCCCGCAGAGAUGUCUCACGACAACAUCCGCUCGCAGGGUGUAUUUAAUUGAAAUGCGGCAAAAAGUAGCAAUAAAUGGGAGAAAAAGGA